GGCCGGCGCACGGCGCUCGCGGAGCUAUUUUGAAAGUGACCCUGGGCUGGGCGGCCCGCGGGGCGGCGGGGAGAGGCGCGGCGGGGCGCGGGGACCAUGACAGAAGAUGACCGAGGCGGCGCUGGUGGAGGGCCAGGUCAAGCUGCGGGACGGCAAGAAGUGGAAGACUAGGUGGCUGGUGCUGCGCAAGCCUUCGCCGGUGGCAGACUGCCUGCUGAUGCUGGCCUACAAGGACAAGUCAGAGCGUGCCAAGGGGCUUCGGGAGCGUAGCAGCCUGACGCUGGAGGACAUCUGCGGGCUGGAGCCCGGCCUGCCCUACGAGGGCCUGGCCCACACACUGGCCAUCAUCUGCCUGUCUCAGGCCGUCAUGCUGGGCUUCGACAGCCGUGAGGCCAUGUGCGCCUGGGACGCCCGGAUCCGCUACGCGCUGGGUGAGGUGCACAGGUUCCCCGUGAUCGUGGCUCCGGGCACCAAGCUGGAGAGCGGCCCUGCCACCCUGCACCUCUGCAACGACAUCCUCGUGGUGGCCAGGGACGUCCCCCCAGCCGUGGCGGGGCAGUGGAAGCUGUCGGACCUCCGGCGCUAUGGGGCCGUUCCCAACGGGUUCAUCUUUGAAGGCGGGACCAGGUGUGGAUUCUGUAAGUACGUGGGCCGUGGGCUUGCUGGCCGGGCCGUGGCCCCAGAGCCGGGCAUCCCACUUGCCCUGGCCUCUCUUGGGCCCGCAGCUGCCUGCGGUCUCAAAGAGGCUGGCGCUUAG